AUGCAUGGGAGUCAGAGGAAGCUUUUCAACCACGACACAACAGUGGAGGGGGAGAUGAAUAAAUAUGAGACAGACAGCUCCAGCGACAGUGACAGAGGCUCCAAACGAGGUGCAGGAUCUCGCAGAAGACCACGUGUCCUCUUCUCCCGGGCCCAGGUGUCUGAGCUAGAACGCCGUUUCCACCAGCAGCGCUACCUGUCGGCCCCAGAGAGAGAGCAACUGGCCCUCGUCAUCAAGCUGACCUCAACUCAGAUCAAGAUCUGGUUCCAGAACCGCAGGUACAAGUGCAAGCGUCAAAGUCAGGACAGAACCCUGGGACUUGUACCCAAGAGGGUGCCUGUGCCGGUACUGGUACGGGAUGGCAAAGUGUGUGGAGCAGCAUCACUGCCACCUGCUUACAAUGCAACCUUUGGACAUUAUAGCAGCACCGUGGUGGGCUAUGGGAGCCAUGGUGUGUGUGGUUACGCCUAUCACAGUGUUUCUCCUGUUUCUCCUGAUGGCAACAACACUGAGGGGGCCUUCAUUUGUGCACUGGAGGGCCGCACAGGAUGGUGA